CGAUCGAACAUAAACGAAAAGUGGAACUAGUUCGACGUACAGUCUGCAUUUUAUCUAUGUUACUAUAAUUAUUAUCGGGCUUGUAUAGGAGUUUCAAUGUUUAACAACUUAUUAUCACCUUAACAAUAGGAUUUUCAACAAUUGGGUAACAUGUUUCACCAUUGGAAAUAUCACUCUUAUGAAUAUUUAACCCCUUAUACAGAGAAUAUUUCAAGAUAAAAAUCUAAUUUAUUAAGGAAGGAAGUUUUGAGUGUCAUAGAAGAAAGAUGGAUCAAAGUGAAAUGAAGAACGAACAGGAAGAUGAUGAUAAGCAACCAAAUACUUAUCAUCAAGAAAGAAAUUUAAAUGAGGAUAAGAAACAAUUUACAGGGAAAGGAGACGUCAUCGAUAAUCUAUUGACUGCAGUCAAUCAAGAUUUAUUAGUGUCUAAACUGUUUUAUUUCUUCUUCUUUUCUGCUUUCGGUUCUCUGUUUCCCCUUUUGGGUGUUUACUUUAAGCAAUUAGGAAUGAAUCCCGAACAGAGCGGUAUGUUAAUUGGUUUCCGUCCUUUUGUAGAAUUUCUCAGCGCUCCUCUAUGGGGAAAUGUUGCUGAUAGGUUUCGUAAAGGUAAGACAAUGUUACUCUUUUCCUUAGGCUGUUGGAUUAUUUUCACUCUGGCACUUAAUUUUAUCCAACCGCCCGCUUCUUCUUGCAUGAUGUCUAAUGCUACACAUAAUGUUUAUUACGAACCCGAUGCUGAAAGGGAUAAAAGAAGCAUUGAAACAUACAAUGACUUAUCAAAUGUUUCCCUUCCAAUUUUGUACGAAACUGAAAACGAAAUAGAUAAAAAAUAUGAUCUAAAUAGUAAAGAUACUGUCGUACAAAAUGGCAGCACUUACCAAAUUCCAUACGAUCCCGAAGAAGAAAGAAAUAAAAGAAACGUUGAUGCUCAAAUAAAUAUUCAUAACAAACCUAUAGAUUUGUUAAUCAGAUAUAAAAGAGUUGUGCGUGAGGCAAAUGAUCAACUUCCGGUACGUUUUGUAGUAGGGAAAUCACCCCAAACUGUAGAUUAUACAUCAAAUGCUAACACUGAUAAAGACAAUUCGUACGUAUCGCCACCUUUCAGCUCCAUGGUAUACAAGAGAGAAGAUGUUCAAGAGGUGUUCUUCUUGCUCCUCCUCUUAAUUGUACUCGGAGAAUUUUUUAGUGCACCAGCAAUUACAUUAGCUGAUUCUGCUACUUUAUGUUUUUUGGGUGAAAAUAUAGAUAAUUAUGGAAAACAAAGAAUGUUCGGUUCAUUAGGAUGGGGAUUAGCCAUGUUUUUUGUUGGUAUAGCCUUGGAUCAAUCUAAAGUGUUUCCAUAUCAUCCAUGCGAACCUCAUGGACGUGAAAGGAACUAUACUAUUUGCUUCGCCACUUUUUCUGUGUUAAUGGGCUGUGCCUUUAUCUCUGCAACACAAUUUCGAUUUGAUUACGAAUCUGUAGAAGAAAAUAUACCCAUGGGUGCUGUUAAAACCCAGAUAGCAACAAACGAACCCAUUAAAACUGAAGAUGGAACAGCUCCAGCUAAAAGUGAAGUAUUCGCUCAAACAACUCAGCAUUUAUCAGAAUGGUUAGAUGUUCUUCGCACUUUUGCAACAAUACGUUACGCAGCUUUUCUAUACGUAACAUGGUUUAUGGGUUUCGGAAUUGGAUUAGUUUUCACUUUUCUCUUUUGGCAUCUUCAAGAUUUAGGUGGUACACCUACACUUUUCGGUGUGGCAUCCGUUAUAAACCACGUAUCCGAAAUUUUCGCCUAUUUUUUUAGUUUUAAAUUCAUAAAACAAAUAGGACACACAAAGGUUCUAUGCAUUGGACUUUUCGGUAAUAUCUGCAGAUUUCUUUACAUUUCGUGGUUAACAGAUCCGUGGUGGGUUCUACCAUUUGAAUUUAUACAAGGUAUCACACACGCCGCUGUUUGGGCCGCUUGUUGUUCCUACAUCACUCAAGCCACCCCGUCCAAAUUGAGAUCCUCUGCCCAAGGAGUUCUACAGGGUAUACAUCAUGGACUUGGAAAAGGGUGUGGAGCUAUCAUCGGCGGUCUUUUCGUUAAUAGUUUUGGAACACGCGUGACGUUUCGUGGAUACGGAUUCGCAUGUCUUAUCGUAUUAUUUCUCUUUAUUUUAAUUAAUUAUUACCGGCGCGAUAAGGGUUUUACUUCGUUUCAAGACGAGCACGAACCAGAUACCAUCCUAGAGGAAACUAGUCAUCUGGCUCCUCAUGGUGUACCCGCUAAUCCAAUGGCAAAAUCAUUAUCCAGGCAGAAUAUGCAGGAAAAAAGCCAGGAUAUUUAUGAAUAUCAGAGCACAGGAAAUAGUCUCUCAGUACCUGGAGGUACUACAUCAGCUCCUGCACCCACAAACAAUGGAGGACAAGCAGGUAAUCCAUUUUUGGAUUCUCAAUAUCACAUAGUAAAUCAAAAUUAUCAGAAUUUACCUGAACAGGAUACGCAAUAUGUAGUGACUUCAGUACCUCAACCGGAUACACAACCCUACACUCCUCAACCUGAUAACAGAAGAAAUCAAACUGGUUACGAUUGGUAGUUAAAUUUAACUUAUUUAAACAUUAAUUUGUAUUUUAAAAAGAAAAAAAAAUAAUGUUUUUAAUUAAGAAAUAAGUUAUAUUCGUUGUUAAACGUGUAGACUUCAUUGUGUUUAUAUGUAAAUUCGAACCAUUAAUUUUAGUAUAUGCGAGCUUAAAAAAAAACUUUAGAAUUUAGUAAAUCUGUGGGCAAACUAAUGUAAUUUUGCUAAGAAGUAAUGCUAAAUAUUCUAUUUAGCACGAAAGAAUUACGUAUAAUUAUCUACAAUCGUCAUUAAUCCAGGAGGAAUGCAUUAAUCCGGUUAGAUAAUUUAAAUUAAAAAAAUAAUAAAAAUAAAGCAAUUUUAGUAAAUAAUUUAUGAGAAAUAUAAUAAAAUGGAUGUUUUUUAUUCUAUAGAAGAACGGAAAAUAUAUAUAUUAUCACGUCUUACAUCUGCAAUUCCAUUGGGAAUCCUUAUAAGUAAUGAUUUCAUUAAGUACUGUUAGUGCUUCGCAAAAAUAGUUUGCCUACCUCACUCCAGCACAUUACACGUGCCUGAUUUUUUUUUUCUUUCUUUUUAUAAUUUACUACUAGAAUAUAUAAAAGAACAUUCUAUAUAUAUACAUAUAUUCAUAAAAAGUGCCAUUUACACUAGCUUUAGCCACUAUUAUUUUUUAUAUAUCGAGCAUUUUAUAAUAGCAAAUUUCUAUAGUAAACUUGAAGAUGCCUUCAAUUUGCGCACCUUGCACACAUUUCUCUAACAUAAAAACGUGUUAAAAAUAAUUAAAUAUAAAUUAAUUAAAGGAAAAAAAGAAAAAAAA